GUUAGUCGCUCCGUGUCGUUCCAAGUGUGCAAGCCGCUUUUUCUCGAGCUCUGGAGCAGGGUAUACGGCACGCGGUUAACGGUCUUCGCAAAGCAUGUGAUAUAACCAAAUAACUCUGCCAGUACGAUUCACAAGAUUUGGAAGAUGAGCAGCCAAGCAGAUGAAAUUGCGCCAGCUGCGCCCGCACCAAAGGACUUCAAGGCACCCGUAUUUCCGGACAAUAAAUUAGUGCUCUACUUUCAUCCGUACAACUUUUACUCGCAAAAAGUUUUGCUGGUGCUCUAUGAGAAAAAUGUUGACUUUACACCCUACAUAGUCGAUCUGUGCAAUGGCGAACAGUAUUCCAAUUGGUUCCUAAAUCUGAAUCCUAAGGGCGAUGUGCCCGUGCUGCAGGAUGGCGCUUUUAUCAUACCCAACUCACCGCACAUCAUCAGCUAUGUGGAGACCAAGUUCCGUGGAGAGCAGCAUCCGUUGCUGAAGCCAUACCCACCAGAUUCCCUACAAUUCGAUCAGAUGAUGACAUUUGAACGCGCAUUGUCACGCCUGCCCGUGGGCGCACUCAGUCUGGGCUCCUUUAUCCACGACGACCUCAAGCUGGUGCCCAAGGCUCCCUUCAUUGGGCCCGUACGGCAAUCCUGCCUGAAGAACAAUGACAAGGUUAUGGAAUUGCUGCGUCACUCCGUGGAUGAGUUGGACUCCAAUAACACCGCAUUACAGCAAAAGCUAGAGAUUCAGUUACGCCGCAGAAAACUUGUUGCCUCGCGUGUAGAUUUCCAGCGUGUGCUGGAUGCGGUGCGCAAUGUGCUGCAAUAUGUGGAGCAGGAGCUGUCCAAGCAAACGCCACGCAACGAGUGGCUGACUGGCGAUGAGAUCACCUUGGCUGACGUCAGCUUGGGCCUGCUGCUGCAACGCCUCUAUCAGCUGGGCUUCGAGAACUAUUAUUGGGGCUUCGGCAAGUUGCCGCAGGUGGAGGGCUACUUUUUGCGGUUCAAGCAGCGUGCCUCAUACCAUAAACUGAUGCCCAGCAGCAAUUUCGAAAUACUGAAGGAAAUGUGGAGUAUGACGCCUUCCAAUUACAAGCUGGGAGCAACUGCCGGUUUCUUGGUUGGGCACAUAUAAACACAAACAAAAGAACGCUUAAGUCUACGUGGUAACAAUGCAAGAUCCGGAAAGCAGAAACAGUCA